GGUCGCUUUCCACCGAGGAUGCCUUACCAAGCUGCUCCCGACAGCCGAGCUGCCACUCAUUUCCCAAGGUCUCACCUUGCUGAAGCAGUUGCCAAAGCCAAGGCAGGUGGAGGUGGUGGUGGAAGCACUGGUGGAACUGGGAGAGGCCUCGUGGGGCAGAUUAUCCCUAUAUAUGGAUUUGGCAUCUUCUUAUAUAUCCUGUACAUUUUAUUUAAGCUGGCUUCCAAGGGGAAAACUACCGCUGGCGAGCGGAAAUGCCCUACUGCUGCACCCGGAAACACGAAGAGGAAAAUCACUGACUAUGAGCUCACUCAACUUCAGGAAAAACUGAGAGAGACAGAAGAAGCUAUGGAAAAAUUAAUCAACAGAGUGGGACCCAACUGUGACAGGAGUCAAAAUGUUACAACAGACCAGGAAAAAAGGUUACUUCAGCAACUCCGAGAAAUUACUAGAGUUAUGAAAGAAGGAAAAUUCGUAGAUGGCAUCUCUCCUGAGAAGGAAGCUGAAGAAGCUCCUUACAUGGAGGACUGGGAAGGUUAUCCAGAAGAGACCUAUCCUGUCUACGAUAAUUCUGAUUGCUUCAAACGCAAACAGGACACAAUCCUCGUAGAUUACCCAGACCUGAGCCAGCCCUCUGCAGAAGAGCUGGCAGAAAGAAUGGAGGGCAUGGAAAAUGAGUAUCUGUGCACUGAAGCCCUGCUAGCUGACCUCCCCCGGAGAAGAGCCGGUCAUGAUUUAAUGCAGAAAAAGGACGAGGUAACUGGCAUCACUGAAGAGGAGGGGGACCUUCAUCACAGCCAAAGCGCUGAGGAGUGCUGCUGUUGUUACGAGGAUGACGAUCCUGCUAUCGUAGCGGAGAACGCUGGAUUCCACUCCGAGAGCUGCAGUGAAGCAGAGGAGUCAACCCAAGAGGACCUGUCUACAGAGUCUGAAAAUGAAAAUGCAGCACUGAAAAAGCAAAAGGCUGGCGAUUCAGAUGAAACAGGCACACUGAGAAAGCGCAACAUGAAAGGACUUGAGUAA